UUCAAGAUGGCGUCUACCACGGUCACCGAUAUGAAGGGAAAUGUAGUAAAAAUGGAGGUUGAUUAUAGCGAUACGGURGAUAAAACUAUACCAGAAUGUGAAGCUAUAUCAGCGGAAGGAAAAUUAACAGAAGCUUUGGAAAAAUUGCUUUCCCUUGAAAAGCAAACAAGAACUGCUGCUGAUAUGCACAGUACAGCACGRCUUCUAGUKUGCAUCGUCCAGCUGUGUUUUAAAGCAAAAGACUGGAAUGCYUUGAAUGAGAAUGUCACUUUACUAACAAAACGUCGCAGUCAGUUAAAGCAGGCAGUGACAAAGAUGAUCCAAGAAGCUUUUAGUUAUGUCGAUCAGACACCUGAUAAAGAGACAAAGCUAAAAUUGAUUGACACUCUACGCACUGUGUCAGCUGGCAAGAUUUAUUUAGAAAUUGAAAGGGCAAGGCUCACCAGAAUGCUGGCUCAGAUUAAGGAAGAUGAAGGAGAUAUUUCAGAAGCUGCAAACAUUCUUCAAGAAUUACAAGUUGAAACCUUUGGUUCAAUGGAAAGAAAGGAGAAAGUUGAAUUCAUUCUGGAACAGAUGCGCYUAUGCUUGGCCAAGAAAGACUUUGUYCGGACGCAAAUCAUUAGCAAGAAAAUUAGUCCAAAGUUUUUUGAGAACAAUCAGGAACAGGACCUUAAGCUCAAGUUUUAUCAGCUGUUAAUUGAGUUGGCACGACAYGAGGGCAGUUACCUAGCAACAUGUAAAUAUUACAAAGCCAUUUAUGACACACCCAUGAUAAUGGAAGAUAAAGACAAAAAACAUCAGGCCCUCAGGAAUGUUGUGAUGUAUUUGGUUUUAUCGCCAUUUGACAAUGAGCAGUCUGACCUGAUCCAUAGAGUAAAAGAAGAGAAAUCUUUGGAGGAAAUUCCACUCUAUCAAGAGUUGCUGAAAUGCUUCACCACACCAGAGUUGAUGAAUUGGUCCAACAUUCAAGAGACUUAUGGGAAUGAAUUAAGGAAUGGAAGUGGGAAGACCGUGUUUGAUUCAAUCACUGAUGAUGGCAAUAAGACUUGGGAGGAACUACGUAAACGUGUUGUUGAACAUAAUAUUCGAGUUAUGGCCAAGUACUAUACUAGAAUAACAUUGAAACGUAUGUCAGAAUUGUUGUACCUUACAACUGAGGAAAGCGAGCACUUUCUGUCAGAACUAGUAGUUUCCAAGACAGUAUUUGCUAGAAUCGAUCGUCCAUCYGGUAUAGUUACAUUCAGUACCAAUAAGGCUUGUAAUGACAUCCUUAACGAGUGGUCGCACAAUAUCUCAACACUGAUGCAACUGUUAAAUCGAACGACUCAUCUUAUAACGAAGGAAGAAAUGGUCCACAAACUUUCCCAGAACUAGAACACUUUAGAGUGGGUAAAAAAAGACUAUCUAUUUGUGAAAUUGUAGACUUCCAGCAUUAUAAGAGGCAAAGGUCUAACACAUGUUGAGUACCAAAAACUAAUUUGUACAAUAAACACAAUAUGUAGCUGCCAAACCAAAAAGGCUUGUUUGUAAAGUAGUACAAUUUAGUGUUGUUGUGUAGAAACCAKUUUGUUUAUUUAAACCAAAUUAAAAACUACAUUGCUUAGAUACA